AUGAAAAAUCUCACGACGAGUAUUCUGGACUUCGUGGCUAGAGCUCUGGCUAUGAAUUCAGAGGACAUGAAACAGUUGUUCGAAGACAGUAAGUAUGAACUAUUAUCCACCCUGCCAGCAACCAGAGCUAGAGUUUUAAGUUUUCUGAAAUGUCGUCAUGCGAUCACAUACAUGGUUUUGCAGAUUGUCAGAUAUGGUGCUUACCGAAGCGUUGAGCAUCGUGCAAUAGUGAACUCUAGGAAGGAGAGGCCAUCCAUUGCCACAUUUUACAACCCCAACUAUGGCGGUGAUUUAGGCCCUGCACCUUGUUUGAUUACCUCACAAACGCCCGCAUUGGACAGAAGAAACAGAGUUGCUGAGUAUUUCAAAGGCCUGUUCGCUCGAGCUCUAGAUGGAAAGUCAUGUCUAGACCUCAUGAAGAUAGAAGAAGAGUUUAUCAACUGA